CUCUCCAUUCGCUCUCUCUCUCUCUCUGUUUCUUUCUUCCAUUUUCUUCUCAUUUUCGUUGUCAUCAUUAUUCUCUCUCUUUCUCUUUCUCUCUCAAUUUCCUUUCUUCACUGCUAGGGUUUCGUUUCGUUCCCUUCCCUUUACUCCAUAAUCAACCCCACGCUUUCACCGAUUUGAAUUCCGUUUCGAUUUAUCUUUUCUCUUUAAUUUAUUCUGUGGCUGCGAUUGCUUUUUGUUUCUCUGUGACGUAAUGAGAAUUGAAUCUUCCGAUUCCUUGUUUUGGAUUCCAAAUAAUGAUGGAUCUCACCACGCUAAGCCGAAUGGCUCUGUUUUUUCUAAGGAUAAGGAGUAAUUAGCAGUGGUUUAGUACCUUCAACUGGAAAUUCCGAAGUCUGUGAUUAGUUUCCUUGAUGGGGAGAAGACUGAUGGUGCCGGCGGCGAGGAGAGUAAUACUAUUGGCUAAUGUAUGGAGGUUGAACUUGAGUCCAUGAAAAUAUAACAAGAUCUGUUUCUGAAUUUUUUUGACUUGUUUUCCCCUCUUUGUCGGUUAUCUGAUGCGAUUUUUAGUGCAUUUGAAUCAGAUGGGUUGAAGAGAUUUGCCGUAUGCUUGCUAGAAAAGUAAACUAGAAAUGGCGAUUGCUGGUCUGCGCAGUGUGUCUGUGCUUGAUUCGUCUUUCCUAAGGGACUCCCAUUCUCAGUCGUCGAGGAGAGGGGGAGAUGGUGGAAGAAGAGGAAGCACCCGGUCGUCUUCGCUCUUGCAAAUGUGGCGAGAGCUUGAGGAUGAGCAUGCGGUGACUCAAGUUCGAGGAAGGCCUGGCGAAGUGCUACUUGAACAAAGGGGUGGUGUUGGGUUGAAUGCUGACCUGCCACGGGAAGAUAGCCAAGAGAUUGGACUGGGACGUGUUUUAGAGGAUGUAAUUUUGGGUGAGAAUGAAUCUGAAACAUGGUCACAGUCACACAGCCAUAACGAGUCCCAUGAUGACCGUGAGGAUUUGAACAAUUCUAGUUGUGGAAACUCAUCUGACUUGGGAGAAGUUGAAAGGGAAAGAGUGAGGAAAAUUUUCAGGGAAUGGAUGAAUAGUGGUGCUCGGGAUCAUGGAUCAAGUAUUCCCCGGAGAAAUGACAGUCCAAGGGGAGAAUGGCUUGGAGAAACUGAGCAGGAAAGGGUGAGAAUUAUAAGGGAGUGGGUGCAAAUGAGUAGCCAGCAGAGAAGUGUUUCUUCUGGGGAUAAUAGGGAAGAACCAUCUGCUGAAAUUGAUACACAGAUGGAACGUGUACGUGAUGGAUUUGUUGUUAACCAGAGUGAGGGCCAAAUUGAGCUUACACGGAGGGGUAUCCGUAAGUUAUGCGGCAGGCAAGUUAUGCUUGACAUGCUUAAGAAGGCUGAGAGGGAAAGGCAAAGAGAAAUUCAGGAGUUGUUGGAUCAUCGUUCUGUAUCUCAAUUCCCUCAUCGUAAUCGCAUUCAGGCAUUACUUAGAGGCAGGUUCUUGAGAAAUGAUAGAUCUGUUGAUCAUAACAGGUCAACUUCUGUUGCAGAGAGUGAAUUAGGCUUUUUGAGGCGAAAACAAACUGUAUCGGGUCUAAGGGAAGGAUUCGUCUCUAGGAAGGACAACACUGGUUGCAGUCAAGCAACCAGCAACCUGUCCGAUACUUCAUCUAACAUUGAUGCUGAUUUCAAUGCUAAUGUACAAACUGGAGCAAGCAGUUCACAUUUGGUCCUAAGUAUACAUUCUGAACAGUCUGGACCUGAUAACGAAGGAAGUAAUGGACUUGGGAUAUCAGGGGGUCAGAACUGUUUUCAAGUAACUGGAUGUGAGAAUUUAGAUAGGCAAGGUUCCAGUGCUCUUGCAGAAGAUCGGUUGCAAAUUGAGCCUGUUGAUUGGCAGCCAUCAUUCAGUGUUGGGGUUGAAAGGAGUGAUGAUGCUGGGCAAAAUGCUGAAGUGAUGUCAACUCAGGAUACAGCUAAUGAACUUACCCAUCAAAGCUUACAAAUUGAAGAUUCUGAGCAUAGUGAUAAUCAGGAAUUUAGUGAGGUACAUAAUGAGACAUCGGAGCUGGGUGAUAUAAGAAAUGGUGAAAACAGCUCAUCAAAUGACAACAAUCAUAAUGAGGGCAACACUGUUGAUAUGAAUUGGAUUGAUGAAUCUAGUGCUCUAGAAGGAGAACAGCCGGAAGAAGUUAUUCAAAAUGAAGGAAGCGAUUGGCAUCAGAGUAACACUGAAUGGAGAAAUAGCACUGAUGAAAGUGUUGAUGAUAAUCAACACAGUAAUACAACAAAUGAGUGGCAUGAGAACAGUUUGGCAAAUGAGGAUGGAGAAAACUCUCGGCUUCAAGAGGCUCCUGAAGUGUGGCAGGAAGACAGUGGCUUCCAAGAAGCCGUGGAAAAUUGGUUGGGAGGGCCUUCUAAUCAUGACAGUGCUCCAGUUGGUAGAGUUCAUGGAUUUUAUUUUCCUGAUGAUGACCAUGUGUACAGUGUUGAACUCAGGGAACUUCUUAAUAGGAGAAGAGUCUCUAAUCUCCUUCACAGUAGUUUCCGUGCGAGUCUUGACCAGUUGGUACAAUCAUAUGUUGAAAGGCAAGGCCAUGCUAACAUGGAGUGGGAGCUGCAAGAGACAACCCCUUCUUCUGCCUCGGUAGAACAAGACCUUGAGCAGCAGAGUAGAGAUCAGAUUGUUGAUCAGGAGGAUACUAUUAAUAGUCCACUUAACUUGCCCUCUUUACCAAUACCUCCUCCUUUGCCUCUUUGGGACCAGCACCAUCAUCGUGAUAGCUGGCAACAUAAUGACAUAAAUAAUCAGCGCCUAGGAAUGGAUUGGGAGAUUGUCAAUGACUUGAGAAUUGACAUGGCCAGAUUACAGCAAAGAAUGAAUAAUAUGCAGAGGAUGUUGGAGGCCUGCAUGGAUAUGCAACUUGAGUUGCAGCGCUCAAUAAGACAAGAAGUUUCUGCAGCUCUCAAUCGCUCAGCUGGUUCAUCAGGAACACAUGACUGUGAGUCACCGGAUGGAAAAUCGAAGUGGGAAUGUGUGAGAAAAGGACUUUGCUGUGUUUGCUGCGAAAGCAAUAUUGAUUCUUUGUUGUACAGAUGUGGGCACUUGUGUACAUGUUCAAAAUGUGCUAAUGAGUUGCUUCAAAAUGGAAGGAAAUGCCCUAUGUGUCAAGCGCCUGUGGUGGAGGUGAUACGUGCUUAUUCUAUUCAAUAAUCGGUGACAUUAAAAUAAAGGUCACACUUUUAACUAUAUACAGAAUUCUAACAAGUUUUACCUCCUGGACGUCUCCAGGUAUUUUUUUUUUUUUCUGUUUCUUACUGUGAUUACUGUAUUCAUGUCAAGUGCACCAAUGGAACAUAUGAUGGCAUUUUUUUGUGGCCUUAAUUCUGAUAUGAAUAAAAAUUUGUACUUUGUUUUUUGAA